AACUCCGUUGCGUCUGAGAUAGCCUCUUGUCUACCUGUGUGUCAAUAUGGCGUCCGCUAUGUCAAAUGGAAAUAACACUCCUACCCUCCCAGAGGAUGUGAGCAAGCCCCCUGAAGGCGUCGUGUUGCCCCCAAAAGAUAUCCGAGCAAUUGUGGAAAAGACCGCAGGCUACGUGGCGCGCAAUGGUCUCGUUUUCGAAGAUCGCGUGCGCGAUAAAGAACAAAACAAUCCCAAGUUCUCCUUCCUGAACCCUAGCGAUGCAUAUGCAGCAUUCUACCAGUGGCGCCUUGUCGAGAUUAAGGAGGGCAGAGGGACUGCUGUGUCGGCGGGCCGGCCAGGGGAGCCCACGGCGGCUGCUGAACCGGAGGUGCCCAAAGGUCCAGAAGAGCCUCCGGAAUUCCACUUCUCUGCUCGCAUGCCUAUAAUCAACGCGCAAGAUCUCGAGGUGGUCAAGCUUACUGCGCUUUUUGUGGCUAAGAGAGGAAAGUCUUUUAUGACGGCACUGUCUCAACGAGAAGCUCGGAAUUUCCAGUUUGACUUCCUGCGUCCACAGCACAGUCUCUAUCAAUUCUUCACCCGACUUGUUGAUCAAUACACUAUUCUGUUGCGACCAGAGGGACUUGAUGCUGCGACAUCGGAGAAACAGAGGUUGGUGGAACUGGAGCACAAUGCGCGAAACAAGUUCCAUGUCUUGGAGCGAGCCAAACAACGAGCGGAGUGGGUGAAAUUCCAGGAACAGCAAAAGCAGAAGAAAGAAGAGGAGGAGGAGCAGGAGCGGAUAUCAUACGCACAGAUUGACUGGCACGACUUUGUUGUUGUUGAGACUGUGCUUUUCACCGAAGGAGAUGACCAUGGCGACCUUCCUCCUCCAACAUCUCUCAACGACCUCCAGUCUGCUUCUCUGGAGCAAAAGGCCAUGAUGUCCCUCAAUCCGAUGCGCAUCGAAGAAGCUAUGCCCACGGAAGACGAAACACCGGCAUACUACAAUGCCUACCCAGCAGCGCCGGAACCAAUGCCAAUGGUGCAGCCCGCCGCAUAUCCUUCCGUAUCACCCUACCCUCAGGCACAACCGCUUCAGCCCGUUCCUUCUCCCGCUGCUGCUGCUGUCGCCGCCCAGGAAGAAGAGCAGUAUAUCCGAGAGCGUGCCGAAGCACGUGAACAAGCUGCUGCGGCGCAGGCUGCUGCGAAAACCGCACCGGGUCAACAACCAAUGCGCAUUCGCUCCGACUACGUACCGCGUGCUCAAGCACGCCGUCUCAACACUGCUGCGGCAACAGCACUCUGUCCCAACUGUCACCAGCAGAUCCCCGUUGCCGAGCUGGAACAGCACAUGCGUAUCGAACUGCUCGAUCCUCGAUGGAAGGAACAGCGUGCUAAGGCUGACUCGCGGAGCGCCACAACCAAUUUGUCAACAGCAGAUGUGGCCAACAAUCUCAAACGACUUGCAAGCCAGCGUAGCGAUGUCUUCGAUUCCGCCGCCCUUCCUACCACCGCUGAUGCCGAAGAGGAGGCCAGGAGAAAACGACUCGCUACAGGCAUCCCAGGUUACGAUGGCGCCCCCGGUGGUGUACCCGCGCCGCCAAUGGUUGGACCUGCAGGUGGACCAGUCAACCCUCAGAGCAUGAACAUCGAGGAGCAAAUCAGGCAGAUCCAUGAAAGAGCCAAGCAUGAUCAUCGAUAAACAACAGAUUCAUGAAAAGAUACAACGAUGGAGAAUCGACUGGCAUUCGGACAUACCUAGGACCAUACAGGGAGGGGAAGGCGUUCCUUUGUCUUCGGAGUUGAGGCUCUUUUAUGCAUUUAGUUUUUGCGUUCUUUUUUCAUGCCAGGAUAUGUUUGGUUUAUGUUUGUAUAGUACUUCUGCUCCGAUAUCUCCUGCAUCUAUAAAAAGCGGAUAUGGUUACCAAAGACGGUUGUCAUUCUUUUAUUGAGUAUGGAUUAUCCUACAUUGGUAUUGUUGCAUCGUCAACUAAAUUGUGCCUAUAUUUCAACUACAAUUCUGGUUGGAUGCAAUUGCUUCUCGAGCGUUAACAAGCGUCUGGAGAAGACAAAUCAGCGGGGGUCUUAUACCUGAACGGCGUGGAACUCCGGUGUAAAGCUGAAGUUAUAUCAAAUAAAGCAAAUGUACUAGGAUAUUGAGAAAUCAAUUUAUUUUGGC